AUGUACGCAUAUUAUGGAUUGUCGUCGCAGGGUCCACGAUUUGCUAAAUUUAUUUGGUGGAAAAAACAUUUGACGAAAAUACAACUUAUCCAGUUUGUUUUAGUAGUCCUCGAUUUGCACCACCAGCAAAAGUUAACGCCAUGUCCGAUUCCUGCCUUCUUCCACUACUUCUGUUUGUUUAGCAUCUGCUCAUUCUUUGUUCUCUUCAUGAAAUUUUAUCUCAAGAGCUAUAUAAAACAGUCGAAAAACAUCCUGAAAAUUAAAACCAACUGUAAAGAUAAAGAACAUAACAUUAUUGGAAUUGAUGUAAAAAUAAAUUAA